GUCUUCAUCUAGGAAAGCCUUUUGUCUGAGUUCCGGCAACUCUGAACCGCAGAGGACGGCGGUCGCUUCGUGUAUUUAGACAGCUCCUAAAUUUGGUGUAAUCACCGCCACAUUUGGCUAGAAUAUCGGGCAAUCCCAUCUGAUUCUCUUUGCAAAUUUGUCUCAUUUUGCUGUGUACGAUCCUUCUAGAGUACUUUCUGAAUCAUUCUGCUGAACAGCUAGGGUUAUAUAACCAGGAGGGGUGAGAGUAGGGAUUUGUGUGGGAAGUAGUUCAAACUAUGAAAGGGAAAUGGAGGGUUUGACUGGUAGUGGUAGGAAGAUGCAGAAGCUUCAAUCAUCCCCAGCUCCAAAGCCUCAGAGCAUUUCGGAUGUUCCCAUGUUCAGUGGUUCUCAAAUGGGUGGCCCAAUGAAUCCUUUUUCGAGGAAUUUGAGUCAUGAGAAUAAUAGUAAGAGACCUGGGAUACCUCCGUCGCAUCCGAAUAACUCUGGUUCCAUGCCAUAUUCACAGAUCAUGGGUUCUCGUCCAAAUUCUCAGCAAUUGGAUUCACAGAAUUUGAAGCAAGGGCCUGGUCAUUCUAGGUCGUUGUCUCAGCCGACGUUCUUUUCCCUUGAUUGCUUGCCUCCUUUGAGCCCUUCUCCUUAUUGGGAGCCGUCCGUGUCAUCUCUCUCCGAUCCUACCUCUACCGAUGUGUCCAUGGAGGAGAAGGUUGUGAAUUCUAGAGGAAAGCCACUUCCUUCUCCUGUUGCAAGAGGCAGUAAUGAAUUUAGAGCUGGUGAGAGCUUACCUCCCCUUAGAGGACAUAGGCGGUCCAGCAGUGACAUUCCAUUGGGAUUUUCUGCCAUGAUUCAUUCUUCGCCUCAGUUGAUACCUAUUGGGACACGAGGAGCACUGGAUAGGUCGGUUUCGGGAAGGGAGAAUUUGGGGGUAGAGAAACCCAUUCAGUUGGUGAAAAAGGAAUCUGAGUGGAGUAAGGAUGGCAAUAGCAAUGCAGAUGGGUUAGGUGAGAAGAAAUCUGAAGGAGAGGUUGAUGAUUUUUUCAGUGCAUACAUGAAUUUGGACAAUAUUGAUACAUUGAACUCAUCUGGUACGGAGGACAAGGACUUGGAUAGCAGAGCCAGUGGCGCAAAGACAAAUGGGUGUGAAAGCAGUGAUAAUGAAGUAGAGAGCAGAGUAAAUGGAUAUCCAAUCAACAUGCAGGGGACAAGCAUUUCCACAGAGAGGAGAGAAGGAGUCAAGAGGAGUGCUCCUGGAGAUAUAGCUCAGACGUCAAGGCACUACAGAAGUGUUUCAAUGGAUAGUUAUAUGGGAGACCUGCAAUUUGACGAUGACUCACUGAAGGUUCCUCUGCAAAAUCAAAUGGUUCAAGGAUCUCCUGGUGAUUCAAUGGAUGCAAAUUUGACCAAGUCCAACUUUGUGCUCGGUAAUGAUGGUUUCAGUGCAUCUGAGAUGAAAAAGAUCAUGGAAAAUGAGAAACUUGCAGAGAUGUUAUCGGUUGACCCUAAGCGUGUCAAAAGGGUUCUGGCUAAUCGUCAGUCAGCUGCUCGUUCUAAGGAGCGCAAAAUGCGACACAUUGCUGAGUUAGAACACAAGGUGCAAACCUUGCAGACGGAGGCAACCACAUUAUCCGCCCAGCUAACAGUGUUGCAGAGGGAUUCAGCAGGGCUGACAACAGAGAACAAUGAGUUAAAAUUCCGACUUCAGGCCAUGGAGCAACAAGCCCAAUUGAAAGAUGCUUUAAAUGAGGCAUUAGCUGCAGAACUCCAGCGACUGAAGCUUGCUGCUUCCGAACUUGGUGGAGAAGUUCAACUCUCAAACCACAUGCUGCAACAGCUUUCCCUCAGUAAUCAAAUGUUCCGAUUUCAGCCACAGCAGCUGAAUGCUUAUCAGACACAACAGCCAGAACACCAACAACCACUGCAGCAAGCUCAAUCUCAACAACCAGCUCCAAAUAAUCAGUCUGAAACCAAGAAACAGAAUGGUGAACCUAGUGCAAAUGAGUCCAAUUGAUAAGCCGGCCAAGUCAACCCCAGGUCUCCAUGCAUUUGCAUAAUUGCAUUGCAAUAUCCAAACUGCAUUUCAUAUAGUUUUCCAUCAUAUACAUACAACCUCCUACAUCCGUAUAUUUAAGCAUAUUUUUUCAUUUAUUUUAGCAAGUACUUGACCAUUGUUUUGUCUGUUGUGUUCAUUGUCUUGCAAACUGGCAUGGACAGACCAACUGCAUGUUUCUAUAAACUAUUAAAUAGUAUCAUCAUUCUUAGAUGCAUUACCAAACAUUUUGAGUUCAUUUCUUCCAUAUUUGCAUUAGUGAUGAGAUGUGCCCUGUAAUCCAGCAUCAGCAUGUUUGGUCCCGGAAAUUUGAAGCCCAUAAAUAUAGCCCACUGACAAACAGUCCCCACACGUACCAAACGAACCCACCCAACAAUAACAACUUGGCUUGUUCUGUGUUUCAAAUAAUGCGGCCAAUGACUUUUGUCCCUGUUUCCAAAGAGUACCAGAAGGGAAUAUAGCAAACGCAGUACAUCAUAUGGCCCAUGGCGUGUCGUAGUUGAUUCGAUCACGAUUUAUGGUUCGAUGAUGGUGAACCUUUUGUUUGUGGUAAUAAUAAUAUAAUGAGAAAAUAAAAAAAGAGGAGAGAUAAGUCGGACUCUUCACAUAGUUGGUUUCGUGAAAUACUCAAAUCAGUAGAAAAGAGCCCUUCUCGUGAACUUUGAAC